AUGCCCGCCAAGCGGCCUAGGAAGCGACCCAUCGCAUCAUCGGCUUCAGCAAAGGCAGGGUCCGCCACCAUCUCUCACAAGGUCGCCCAAGCCACCAUCUCCUCUUACCACACUUUGCUCAAGCAGCGAAGCGCCCUCCGCCGACAGCUUUCAAAGGCCGCUGGCACCGCAGACAUUGAUCUCCAAACUCGCCUUGGCAAAAUCGACGCACAACUCGAAUCUCUCGGAGGCAUCGAAGCGUACCAACAUGCAAGCUCCCUAGGCCAGUCCUCCCAACGUGGGGGCGACACAUCACGAGUUUUGAUCAGUUGGCUCAAUCAGCUGGGGUUGAACACCCCCGGCCCCAGUGCCAAGCCAAGGAUGCUAGAAAUUGGUGCUCUCACUCCGGACAACUACCAAAGCUGCUCCAGCUGGAUUGAGAACUCCCCUAUGGACCUCAACUCGCGCCACCCGGACAUCCUCGAGCAAGACUUCCUUCAGCGCCCCAUUCCCGCGACUGAGCAAGACCAAUUUGACAUCAUCAGUUGCAGCCUUGUGCUCAACUUUGUUGGAGACCCCGCGGAUAGAGGACGAAUGUUGAAGUUGUGUCAUGCCCAUCUACGAUCACGACCAUCGUCGCUGCUGUUCAUUACCCUUCCACUCCCAUGUGUCGCAAACUCUCGAUACAUGACUCAUGACCACUUCAAGCGAUUGGUAGGAUCGAUCGGCUUUACGCUGGUCGAGGAGCAGUGGCGUGAGAGCGGGAAGGUUGCUUGCUGGCUUUGGCGGUGGAGAGAGGACAGCGGCAUUCUGCCCGAGUUCCGAAGCAAGAAGCUGCUGAACGACGGGAAGAAGAGGAACAACUUCACGAUCUUGGUUGAGUAG